GCCCGAGUCGUAGAACCGCUCUUGGAUCCAGAAGAUCCCACCGCCCAAAGGUGAGGACAGGAAAAAAAGCCACGAAAACAAACAGCACCACCAAACCGCAGACUUUCAGUAUUUAGAUUUCAUCCCUCCGGCUGUGGCUGUGUCUGGAAAUCAAGGAUCGGAACGCAAUCGAGAGGGGUUUUCCUGAGGAAAAGUACCUCCAGAUGGCCGGGUCAGGCAGAGGAAGAGGACGAGCUGCAUUUACCUUCAAUGUUGAGGCUAUUGGCUUUGAUAAAGGUGCAGCUCUCCCUGAUGUCGUGUGUAAGCCUCCACCACCAUUUCCUAGUACAGACAAUAAGCCAGUGCCUCUGAAAACAGGAGAAGAUGAAGAUUAUAUGUUGGCCUUAAAACAAGACUUUAGAGGAACUAUGAAAAGAAUGCCGUAUUUUUUGGCAGUAGAAGAAGAGCGUGAAGCAAUUGAGAGGUACAGUAAAAAGUACCAGGACAGUGAAAAGGAGUAUGCAGCAUGGACUCCAGAUUGGAGAAGACUCCCAAGAGAGAUGAAGCCAAAGAAAAAGACCAAAAAAGGUGCAAAACCAAAAAAGGCAAAAAGCUCUGAGCCUAAAAGUAAUCUGGAUGUGUUGAAAAAAAUUGAGGAGUUGGAAAAGAAGGAUGAUGAAGAAGAAAAAUCUGAAGAUGAGAAAGACAAAACAAAUGACAAAGAAGAUGAAGAUGAUGAAGAAGCAGAAGAACCAGAGGAAUAUGACGAAGAGGAGCAUGAAGAGGAAAAUGACUACAUUUCUUCAUAUUUUGAAGAUGGGGAUGACUUUGGUGCUGGCAGUGAUGACAACAUGGAUGAAGCAACAUACUAACUGCUGUUGCUAGGUGGUGCACUGCUCAAGCCUUACACUACUUGAAGUAGAACUCCUGAGGUAGGCUGGUGAUCAACAAAACUCAUGCUUUAGCCCUAUUGGUUUUAAGCAUGCUCUCCAAACACACAUUGAACAAGUUUCAGUUGCACUAUGCUGUGAAACAGGAUGUGGGAUCCUGUGUUUUGUUCCUUUGCCAAACGUUCUGCAGACAUGAGCCUUUUUAAGGGUCUCUGGAAUGCUGACUCAUUGAAUAAGCUAUAUGCCAUUGUAUUGCCUCUGCACAGAAAAAGAAGGUAUGCAUUUUAAUCAAAAUUGUGCCUAAGCAUUUGCACUAGUCAGUUCUAUGCUUUAGCAGUCUAAUCUUGAAAAUAAUAGUGAAAUUCUUGAUGACUGCAGGAAAAAAAGAGAUCCGGCCUUUGUGGACAUAAGCUGCUUGUACUUGACAACUGAGUUCUCUGCAGGAAUUUAUGUAACUUUUGAAUCCAGGUGACUGAAAAUAAGUGACCACUCAGCACUUUAAUACAAGUUGGCCUGAAAGAAGCUUAAUAGUAUGGAUAAGCAACAUAAUGAGAAUAUUUUGAAAAGCUAUUAUUCUGGUUGAAAGAACUUACUUUUAGUAUUUUGGUAAGAAGAGACUGUAAUAUUUAAUGUGUUACAUUACCUUUAUGAAUCAGUGUAAGUAAUAAUUAAGGGUAAUUUAAUUUACAAAGAAUAUAUGGCAGAAUUUAAGGCUGAAAUUACGGAAUCCUGGUUUUUACCAGUAGCACACAGAUUACUGAUAAGAAUUUCCAGUUCUUUGCCUCAGUUUCCCUGCCUCUUACGGGGGUACUAACUUUCCUACCUCAUAGAGCUGUUAAGUGAGAUGGCAGAUGGUAGCUACCUGUGUAAUUAUGAAUGCAUUUAUUUACUUUUCUACAGAACAAACAAGGCAGAAAUUUAAAAGACAGCAAAUCAAUUAAAAAAACCCCACAUAACAAACAAACAAAACACCAAAAAAACAACCUGAAGAGGUAGGAAGAGAAUACCAUGAAGUAUUUUGAUGCAUGAGG